GUUGUUUUAUCGUCUCUAAGAGCCCAGGCUUCAGAGAUCAUUACCACGGUUUGGGACAGUAUGAGCGACAAUGUUGACUUGGUACUCCUGUGCUUGUUUACGAUCCUGAUAGCAGCAUGUCUCGUAUUCAACGCUUUAGUUUGUGCCGUUAUUUAUCGGAGCAAAUCAUUGAGAAUUCCCAUGAACAACCUAAUCUUCAACUUAGCAAUAUCAGAUUUUGUGAUUGGUUUAUUCAUCUUUCCUCGUCACGUGCUGUUCAGUGUAAUCGCAUUACGUCAUCCAGCAGAAACCACAGGCGACUACUUUUGCAAUUUCAUAACAGGGAGUGGUAUCCUGUGGACUAGCUCCACAGCCUCCGGGUUUUUACUCAUUGCCAUCGCCGUCGAACGCUAUACGUCUAUAAUGGUACAAAACCGAAGGGCGCCGCUUACAACCUCGCGUAUCAAAGCCGUUGUAGCGUUUUGUUGGCUGUCAGCUUUCGCCGCGAAUUUACCAACGCUUAUUGUUUUUGCGUACGACGAAGCGAUUGACUUCUGCGUGGAAAACUGGCCAAACUGGGUUUCGCCUAAAGCGUAUGUCAUGUGUAUCUUCUUCCUGGGCAUAAGCUCGGUUCUUGUGAUGUUCAUUUUAUAUUCUCAAAUCAUUUACAUGCUGUGGAACAGACAACGUAGGGCAACGGAAAUCUCUCAGGCAGCAAGAUUACGCGCACGCAAAAACAUCACCAAAUUGCUAGUUUUGGUCACUAUUAUUCAUACAAUCUGUCGCUUGCCUAAUUACACGACUUAUCUACUAACCUAUUACGCUCCCUCAAUUAGCUACGGCUCUAAUACAUACAACUUUACAGUUCUGUUGAUUCUGCUCAACUCUGCGGUCCACCCGUUCUUAUUGUGUUGGAACAUGCAGGGCUUUAGAAGACCCUUGUUUGUGUUGUUUUGUUGUUGCCAUGCUAACAGGAUAUUUACGGAGCCUGAGCCCUCCCAUGUGAGUUCUCCACCCAUUAGAGGGUCUGCCUUCCUUCUAAGAACUCUAGAACAAGUGCGCCCACGAACCACAUGAAUAUGUGGACAGCCGAACGACGGGUCAAGGUAGCGCUCUUGCAUGGUUCACCGAGUAAUCAGUUAUGAACGACAACCUCUUUAAAUAAUAUGCCG